AUGGGAAAUCAAAACAAUGUGACAGAAUUCAUACUUUUGGGUCUUAUGGAGCUGCGGAAAAUAUUCUCUGUUGUGUUUCUAAUCAUGUAUGUGUCUACUGUUUUGGGAAACCUACUCAUUGUGGUAACCAUGAUCACAAGUCAGAGUCUGAGAUCACCUAUGUAUUUUUUCCUUACCUCUUUGUCCCUGUUGGAUGUCACCUUCUCUUCCGUCAUUGCCCCCAAGAUGAUUGUAGACUCCCUCUCUGAGAGCACCACCAUCUCCCUCGAAGGCUGCAUGGCCCAGCUCUCAGAGCAUUUCUUUGGUGGUGUGGGGAUCAUCCUUCUCAUUGUCAUGGCCUAUGACCACUACGUGGCCAUCUGUAAGCCUCUACACUACAUGACCAUCAUGAGACCUUGGAUGUGCCACCUGUUGCUGGGAGGGGCCUGGGUGGGGGGAUUUAUCCAUGCAGUAAUACAGCUUCUCUUCAUGUAUCAAAUACCCUUCUGUGGUCCCAAUAUCAUAGAUCACUUUAUAUGUGAUUUGUUUCCAUUAUUGGAACUGGCCUGCAUGGACACCCACAUCCUGGGACUCUUAGUCAUCCUCAACAGUGGAGUGAUGUGUGUGACCAUCUUCCUUAUCCUCAUCACCUCCUAUGUGGUCAUCCUCUGCUCCCUGAAGUCUCACAGCUCUGAAGGACGACGGAAAGCUCUCUCUACCUGUGGCUCCCACCUCACAGUGAUCAUCAUGUUCUUUGUGCCAUGCAUUUUCUUGUACAUGAGGCCUGUGGGCACUUACCCCAUAGACAAGGCAAUGGCUGUGUCUGAUUCCAUCAUCACACCCAUGUUAAAUCCCUUGUUCUACACCCUGAGGAACACAGAGGUAAAAAAUGCCAUGAGGAAACUGUGGAUGAAACAAGGGACUUUGGUUGGCAAGUGA